ACAGCGGGGUGCAAAUACCAAAAUAGGUGAUUGUUGAGUUGCGACUGUAGCUGAAAAGCAGAGAUCCAGCCAGGCAUAUCGCAAUAUUUAAAUAUGCAAUCGCUGAAAAACUGUUUGGAAAGCAAAUGGCUAUUGCUGUAAAUGGAUGACUUUUAGUUAUUGACACCAGCAGAGAAGAUCGACCAUAUCCCUGGUGUGAAAUACAAGGCGGAAGAUUAGGUUAUGCAAUUUUGUAUUCGGAGUGGAACAAAGUCGCUAAUCCUUGAUGAUGCUGGGGCGGUGCCGAAACUUUUACCUCUAGACCCGACCGUUACAGCGGACAUAGGCUCCCAAUUGGGUUUAGGCUACUGUACCACGCUCACGCCGGUGUGGUGUGCCUUUUUGAUUUCAGUGAACAAUUUGAUAGUGCAAGCAGAAGCGGCUCUUCUGUGCUCCUGUACAGUGUUUCCCGACACAGGAUAAUGGUCCUUACAAAGAACUCGAGAGGAUUACAACUCGCCUUCCAAAUUUAUAAGCGAACUCAUCAUCACUCAGUUGGAAUUAUUGGAGCGCCUUUUUCAAAAGGACAGCCGAGGGAUGGUGUGGAGAAAGGACCAGAACUCAUUCGCUCCGCCGGAUUGGUGGAAAAGCUCAGAGCGCAAGGCUGUGCAGUCAAAGACUAUGGCAACGUGACGUUUGAGGAGGUGUCCAACGAUGAGCCCAUAGGCAAUGUGAAGAGUCCCAGAGCGGUGGGCAGCGCCAACCAACGUCUGUCUGCUGCCGUCCACGCCGUGAAGAAUGACGGACACACCUGUGUGAUGCUGGGAGGAGACCACAGUUUGGCGAUAGGCUCGAUCCAGGGGCAUGCAGCAGCUAAGAAGGACCUCAGUGUGGUAUGGGUGGACGCCCAUGCAGACAUCAACACACCCCUGACCUCCCCUACAGGCAAUAUCCACGGACAGCCCAUGUCCUACCUCAUCCAUGAGCUGCAUUCCAAGAUUCCAGUUCUGCCCAACUUCUCCUGGAUAAAGCCAUGUGUAUCAGCCAAAGACAUAGUCUACAUUGGCUUGAGAGAUGUGGAUCCAGAAGAGCACCAUAUCCUGACGUUGCUGGGUAUCAAAGGUUACUCCAUGACAGAGGUGGAUCGCCUUGGAAUAUCCAAAGUGAUGGAGGAGACAUGUGACUACAUCUUCUCGAAGGUGAAGAAGCCCAUCCACCUGAGCUAUGACAUCGAUGCCCUGGACCCAUCCAUCUCCCCGGCCACAGGAACCCCAGUAGUGGGAGGGCUGACCUACAGAGAGGGAGUCUACAUCACAGAGCACAUCUGUCAGACAGGGAUGCUGUCUGCAAUGGACAUGGUGGAGGUGAACCCAAAGAGAGGCAGGACAGAGGAUGAGAUCAGCUCCACGGUCAACGCUGCAGUAGAUCUGAUACGUGGCUGCUUCGGAAAGCUCCGGGAGGGAAACCACCCUGCAGACUACAAGAUGCCCCUGCCUUGAGCUGCCAACCACCACAGAGCCUUCUAUUACAGUGAAGGGCUGUGGCCAGCACUACCUUUCUGCACUUCAAAAUCAUUUUGACUUUUUUUCUGUAAUCCAGUUAACAAAUUGCCUUUUGUAUCAAAUCAUGGAGAGAUUAAAAUAGAUACCCUAUUUCCCCCCCCCCAGAA